AUGAUGCCCUGCAAAUUGAGCACCACCCUGGUGCUGCUGUUGGCGAUAUGGAGACCGGGGCGAGCUUGCAAAGCAUCCUUCUCGCAAGACCACUACAUCGUGAAGGUGCCCAUGGACCUUCACGAAGGGCAGUUCAUCGUGAAAGUGCCCUUUGAGAGCUGCCAGCGCAGCAACGUGCAGCUGCUGAGCAGCGACCCCCACUUCAAGGUGCUACAGGACGGCUCCGUGCGCGUGGCGAAGAGCUUCACGCUGCACAAACACCGCCACCAACUCGCGCUCAGGGCCAAGCACCACGCCACGGGCGACGAGUGGAAGGCCGUGGUGGAGCUGCACGUGUCCAAGCACGAGCACGCUCACCCGCAGCACAAGGAGGUGGUGCUGAGCAGCGGCGAUCCGCACUUCGCCGUGGGCGCCGACGGCUCCGUUCGCUGCGCGCGGCCGCUGCUCCUCGACGGCCUUCACUACUCCUUCGUGGUGAAGGCCGUCAGCCACCUGGCCCACCGCGAGUGGCAGACGCUCAUCACGCUCGCCGUGCGCACGCACGACGAGGACACGCACGGCAAGCACCUGUUCAAGGAUUGCAAACACCGCUUCGAGAGCGAGUUCUACAGCGUGGCUGUGCCUCCCGAGUUGCCGAAGGGAGCCUUCCUGCUCAACGUUCUCUUCGAGCGCUGCGGUAAGGGGCACGACGAGUUCGAGUUCUCGACCAGCGACGCGCGCUUCACGGCGCGUCCCGACGGCUCCCUGCACGCCGCCUCGCCCCUGCGCCUCGCCCAGCGCACCGUGCCGCUCGCCGUGGCGGCGCGCCACCGCCACUCGCACCAGCAGUGGCUCGUCUUCGUGUCCCUCUUCGUGGCCAAGCCCACGGUGCGACGCGUGGCCGUGCCGCUCCACGGAGGCCACCAGCAGCAGCAGCAGAACCAUCGUCACCACCUCGAGCACGAGCAGUGGCACCACAAGGUGGAUUGGAGCCCGGUGGGUGACCUUGAGCCUGCGGUCACGUGCCACUGGCCAGAGCUCACGGCCAAGUGGCCGGGCAAGCUGGACGCGUUCAAGUGGCCCGCGGGCAUCGUCAUCAUCCCCGAGCACGAGAAGGGGCCCUUCCCCAGGCCCAUCCUCAUCGUGAAGUCAGACAAGCACGGGGGGGAGCACAAGCUGCACUACAGCCUCACGGGCGCCGGUGCCGACCAGCACCCCGCCGGCCUCUUCAGCGUGGAGGGCGCCACGGGCGUCAUCAGCGUCAACAAACCCCUCGACCACGAGCUCCGCGCCGUCUACAAGCUGAAGCUGCGCUUGACCGACGCGCACGACCACGAGCUUGAGGUGGCAGCCACCAUCACGGUCCUGGUCGUCGACCUGAACGAGGAGCCGCCCGUCUUCGCCGAGAAGGAGUUCCACGGCUCCGUGCUGGAGGAGAGCAAGCCAGGCACCUUCGUGCUCAAGCUGUCGGCCUCCGACAAGGACGACUGGCGCACCCUCAACGGCCGCGUCACCUACCGCAUCGUGGAGCAGGAGCCCAAGUCGCCGGCGCCGGCGUUCUCCGUGCACGAGCACACGGGGGUCGUGAGCGUCGCGAGCGAGCGGCUGGACCGCGAGGCGGUAGACAAGUACCGGCUGGUGGUGAAGGCGCUGGACAGCGACGGGCUGCCGUGUGCGCUCUACAGCCUGGCCACCGUCGUCAUCACCGUCGCCGACAUCAACGACCACCCGCCCGUCAUCACCGGAUUCCAGGUGCUGGGCCCCAUCAGGGAGAACAAGGAGAACGAGACGGUGGCCAUCGUCGCCAUCGAGGACGCGGACGAGCAGUUCUCCGACAACUGGAGGGUCAAGUGCUCGCUCGUGAGCGGCAACGAGGACGGCCACUUCGGGGUCAUCACCGACCCCAAGACCAACAAGGCCCACAUUUACCUGCGCAAGCCGAUCGAGCACGACGUGAAGAAGGUGGCGGCGCUGAAGCUCGCGGUGAAGAACAUCGCUCCGCUCGUCGUCUUCUACCCCCUGCACGACGGCGGGCACCUCGACGGCGGCUCGUUCUACCCGUACCACCGCCUGCACGACCAGCACCAGCAGCAGCACCCGUACCUGCACCACCACCAGCACCGCUCCGCGCUCGGGCACCUGGCGGCCACGCACCUGCCGAAGGACGACGCUCUCGUCGCGGUCCGCGACGGGACGAGCUUCGGCCACCACCAGCUGCAUCAGCAGCACGGCGGCCACCUCGCCCCGUGCUCCUCCUCGUACGACGGCUGCCACCACCUCCACCACCUCCACCACGACCACCACCGCUCGCCGCCGUCGCGCGGCGUCGUCACGACGGGUCUGCACGGCUCUCCGCUCGGAGGGGCCCUCCACACGUACCCGGGGGGGCACGUCGCCCACGGUGGCGGCGAGGGGCUGGCGGCGUACGGCGUCGCCGUGGUGUCCAACACCAUCGCCAUCCCGCUGUACCGAGACUCCAAGGCGGCCGACGCCAAGCUGGUGGUCUACAAGGCCGAGGGGCUCAAGGCGGGCAGCCUCAUCGCCUCCUUCCAGCCCAAGCACCUGUGCGGCCAUCACGUGGUCAAGCACGAGAAGAUGUACGACCCGGCGAAACUGCUGACGAUCGACGCCACGGGCGACAUCACCCUCCUGCGUGAGCUCGACCGCGAGUCGCCCUACAUCAAGAACGACGUCUACACGGCCAUCUUCCUCGCCAUCGACGACGCCGCCCACCCGUGCACGGCCACGGCGACGGUGCUGCUGCACGUGGCCGACGUGAACGACAACGCGCCCACGCUGCGCCAGCUCGACGACGUCGUGUGCAAGAAGUCGGCGUGGAACUCGGUGCUCGUGAAGGCCCACGACGCCGACCUGGACCCGCACGCCGGGCCCUUCACCUUCAAGCUGCUGCCGCCGCACGCCGGCGCCCACGGCGGCGCCCACGGCGACGGCCACGCCAUGUGGCAGCUCAAGCAGAAGGACGACCACACGGCGGCGCUGACGCUGCUGCACGGCCACGCGCCCACGGACGUGUACAAGGUGUCGGUGCACGUGUCGGACCACAAGGGCCUGGGCGAGACGCACCACCUGCACGUGACCGUGUGCGACUGUGGCAGCGAGCGCAUGUGCCACCCGUACACGGAGUACGGACUCAGCGCCGGCGCUCUCGCGGCCAUCAUUUGCUCGCUGCUGCUCGUGCCGCUCGCGCUGGUGGCGGCCCUGCUCAUCUGCAAGUGCAAGAAGAAGAAGCAUCAGUCGGUUUGCCAGAAGGCCAUUCACGUGGAGGAGUGCUCACUUGGUACAGUCCGCCCAUACAACAAGGAUGGCGGAGAGGAACAGCAGCCCAUGGCGAUGCGCUGCCCGCCCGUCAGCUGCUCCGGGGAGGACGCGGGCACCAAGCCGGCGGGCACGGUCCUCGUCCACCAAGAUUGCUGAACUGAGGGGCUGCUCUGAGCGGGCAUCGCCACCCCACGUCAGCCCCGCGAGACACGCCGCACCACGACGAGCAGUCGACCCACCGUGACGCCACAACUCCGCGCAGUCGGACGGGGCCGGAUGAAGCGAGCGCGGGGCCUGGAGCAUAUGUUAUAA